AUGACUUCUCAAAUGACCCCAUCAAAGACUGCUGCUUCUGGUAUUCAAAAUAUGAAGAUGGAAUCGCCGGUCAAAAAGCUCAACCUUGCCGGAAAGGAAAACAAUGCAUUCGAGGUUGACGCGCCGAUUGUCGAAGAAGUCAAGAAACCAAUCGUCAAGGAAGAAAAGGCUGUUACCGUUGCACCUGGAAUCAAGCCAGAGGAAGCAGAUGAGCCUCUUCUCCAAGAGAACCCAAAUCGAUUCGUUCUCUUCCCCAUUAAGUACCAUGAGAUCUGGCAGAUGUACAAGAAGGCAGAGGCCUCUUUCUGGACCGCAGAAGAGAUUGACUUGUCGAAGGAUCUUCACGAUUGGAACAACAGACUCAAUGACGACGAGCGUUACUUCAUCUCCCACGUCCUCGCAUUUUUCGCAGCAUCCGAUGGAAUUGUCAACGAGAACUUGGUCGAGAGAUUUAGUGGUGAAGUUCAAAUUCCAGAGGCACGAUGCUUCUACGGUUUCCAAAUCAUGAUGGAAAAUAUCCACUCCGAAACAUACUCUCUUCUCAUCGACACAUAUAUCAAGGAGCAGGCACAAAAGACAUACCUUUUCAACGCUAUUGACACAAUCCCUUGCAUUAAGAAGAAGGCAGACUGGGCUGUCAAAUGGAUUCAAGACAAGAACUCUACCUUUGCUCAACGUCUCGUUGCAUUCGCCGCUGUUGAAGGUAUCUUCUUCUCCGGAUCUUUCGCAUCCAUCUUCUGGCUCAAGAAGCGUGGUCUCAUGGCUGGACUCACCUUCUCCAACGAGCUCAUCUCCCGUGAUGAAGGUCUCCACACCGAUUUCGCAUGCCUCCUUUUCUCUCAUCUCAAGCACCGCCCAUCCAAACAAGCCGUCCAAGAUGUCAUCACCGAAGCCGUUGAAAUCGAACAGGAAUUCUUAACCGAGGCUCUUCCUUGCGCGCUUUUGGGAAUGAACUCUACUCUCAUGAAGCAAUACAUCGAGUUCGUCGCUGAUCGUCUUCUCGUUACUUUGGGUAACGACAAAGUCUACAAAUCUGCCAACCCAUUCGACUUCAUGGAGAAUAUCUCCUUGGCUGGUAAGACCAACUUCUUCGAAAAGAGAGUUGGAGAUUAUCAAAAGGCUGGUGUCAUGGCCGGUACUCAAAAGAAACAUGAGGAUACCGAAGCUCAAACCGAAGCCAAGGCAGAGAAUGGAGGGGACUUCAACUUCGACGAAGACUUCUAG